UGCUUGGGCUGUCUCGUUGGGUUUGUUUGAUUUGCACUUCAUUCUAAAGUUUUGUCUUUAUUUGUUUGUUGGAUGUUUUCCGUGUCAAGGUUGUCUCUCUCUCUCUCUCUCUCUCUCUCUCUCGCUCUCAUUUUUGGUUUCUACUGACAACACUGCAGGCUCUUUCUUUCUUUUUUUUAAAGUGUCCUCUUGUUUUUUAAAUGUUCUUUCUCCAGUGUUUGUCGUUCCAUGCAGCGUUUGUCACUCCGCAGCCUCCUCCGAGUGCCGUGUUUGUGUUUGUGCGCCUCUCUGCUUCACCUCAGUGCAACAUCACUUCAUCCACUUCUCCUGCGCUCCAGCCCGACCUUCCCCUGAGCGGAUCUGCGCUCCCGUGUGAUGGGAAAGACAGAGCUGUGCUCGCUGUAUAAGGGCUUUCUGGACUGCAUUUGCCUCUGCUUGUCUCGGAGCAGAGAAGAGACUCCAGGCCACCAGAAGAGGGACACUGAGAAUGGUCACCUGAUCUACAAAAACGGGGACGUCCUCCAAGAUAGAUAUGAGAUAGUCGACACCUUAGGUGAGGGGACGUUUGGAAAAGUGGUGCAGUGUUUGGACCACGGCAGAGGAGGAGGUCAAAUCGCUCUGAAGAUCAUUAAGAACCUGGAGAAAUACAGAGAAGCAGCCAAGCUGGAGGUCAGCGUGCUGGAAAAGAUCAGCGAGAAAGAUCCGCACAGCCAACACAACUGUGUGCAGAUGCUGGACUGGUUUAACUACUACGGCCACGUGUGCAUCUCCUUCCAGCUGCUCUCCGUCAGCACCUUCGACUUCUUGAAGUCCAACAACUUCCUGCCUUAUCCGAUAAAGCAGAUACGACACAUGGCCCAGCAGAUCUGCCACGCCGUCAGCUUUCUCCAUGACAACAAGCUGACUCACACCGACCUGAAGCCCGAGAACAUCCUCUUUGUCAACUCAGACUUCUCGCUCGUAUACAACGCCGAGAAGAAGUGUAACGAGAGGAGGAUAAAAGACACCACGGUGCGGCUUGUCGAUUUCGGCAGCGCGACGUUCGACCAUGAGCAUCACUCCACCGUCAUCUCGACGCGCCACUAUCGAGCCCCGGAGGUCAUCCUGGAGCUGGGCUGGAGUCACCCGUGCGACGUGUGGAGCAUCGGCUGCAUCCUGUUCGAAUACUACAGAGGCUUCACACUCUUCCAGACCCAUGACAGCACGGAGCAUCUGGCCAUGAUGGAGAGGACCCAGGGACCAUUUCCUCUGAGGAUGAUCCAGAGGAGCAGGAAGCAGAAGUAUUUCCAGCGCGGCCGUCUGGAGUGGAACGAGCACUCCAAAGCUGGACACCACGUUAAAUCCAAGUGCAAACCUUUAAGGAAGCAUCUGUUGUCUCACGCCACAGAGCACCACCAGUUUUUUGAUCUCUUGGAGAGGAUGCUGGAGUACGAACCCUCAAAGCGAAUCCCUCUCGGCUCGGCUCUGCAGCACCCCUUCUUCGUACCGAUCUACUACCCAGGAAGGAUUCGGAUCUGGAGGAACAGCUGCGAUAUGAGCAGAUGACCUCGAGUGAACACGCCCCGAUCGGACCAUAGCAGUGUUUUCACAAGCUUUAGCUUCAUUACAAAAACACUCGUGUGUACUUCACACUGCAAGCUGGAGAACAUUGAUCAGCUUGUGAGAGAAUCACAACGGCAGUGUUCAAGAGUUUUGACUGUAUUUGAAAGAUGCAGAAAGGAAAAGAUGAGAUGAAUGAGACAUAGGUAGGUUGUAAGAGUCCAGGACUGAGAGGAAGUCCUGACAGCAGCAGAGGAAGAAGAAACAUUUUGUACCAAAAUAACUGGAUAUGUGAAACAAUAACAGUUAAAAAUCACUUUAAGAAACUAUGCACUUUUUAAAAAAUGUAUAUCCAACAAAUGACGCUGGAAUGCAACUGCUGUUUGGCUAAAUUAAGGCUCCAAACCACUUGAAUGUGUUUUUAUUUUUUUGAUUGAACAGUCUAUGAGGCAAGAGUGUUAAACACUGCACUACUGACAAUGUUUAUCUCUGUAAACUUGUUAAAAAAUAUUCAUGUAUUUUUAUGCAAAUGCUGAAAAACAAAAGAAAAAAAACCUUUUGAUCUCACAUUAGUCUUAUUCGAUAGAGCUAACAGUUAGCCAGACUUUUGCCUUUAUUCAAAGCUUCUAUGAUACUUAGAAUGUCCACUAGAGGUCAGUAUGAAGCUCAGUGCAGCAGGUAUACUUCACACCCAAAUACAUGCAGAAGGUGAUGAAAACUAUUCAGCUGACAGUAAAUCAUCUCGUUCUAAUAGUUCAAGUUGCCUUCGCAAUACUGCAAAAUAUAACAGGGAAAAUCUUUUAGCGUUAUGUAAUGUAACAGAGAUUUAGCUCAACACCAGACUUGCUAUGUUUUACAUGUUUGUCAGUGUUUUGUUUUUGUUUGUUUGG